AUGGCUCCCUUACUGGAAGAUCCUCGCAUCCGGCAGACCUGGAAUCAGUUCUCGCAGAAUGCGGAGUCGGCGACCGAAACGGCCGCUGCUGGCAUCUGGACCUUUCAGCAUCAAUAUAUAAACCCGUGCCUGUCAUCUGUCGCGUUGGCCUUUGAGCAAUGUACCGGAACCUGUUUUCCUGAUCGCGACGAGCGCGCGCGACGACUGAGGGAACGCGGGCGGACGAGAGGACGGGCGGAACUCAGCUUUGACUUCUACGAUGAUUGGGAUGAGGAUGAGGGUGGUGUAUUAGGGGGAUGGGGAAAUGAUGAACUGGAUCGAUUACUAGCCGGAAGUGGAUCGCAUAGUGGCAGUAAGGGCGUUGAUCAAGCGCCGAGGAGGAAAAGAGGCAUGAGUUAUGGGACGAGAAGUAGGCGCAAGAGUUUGGAACCCGAUCCGACUAUUAUUCCGAGCACGAAUAGUUUGGGGUUUCUUGGACGGUUGCCCUUCAAAUUUGGAGGGACGUUGAGGUAUAAGCCUAGUGCGGCGGAUCUACAAGAACAUCCUGGGGCUUCGAGAUCGGAAUAUUUCGAUCAGGAAGGGGAGCCGUUGAUGCCGGAUGAUGAUACUGAUGACGAUGACGAUGACAAUCACCAGCAUGAUAAGGGACAUAGAAGGAAAAGAAGCUCCACGAUGAGCUCUGGCGAGACCUCAGAUUCAUUUCGCUCACGGGGAGAUAUAUUCCCUAGUGAUGGAGAGGAUGAUGCAGUUCCAUUGCCUGACGAAUUUGCUAUGGUGCUAGAGAGACGAGGGACAAACUCUAAUAUGGAUGAUAAGAGCAGUGGGAGGACACGCAGUAGCAAAGGCAAAAGACCAGCAGCUCUGAAGAAUAUUUCGAGGACUGUGUCCCGGAGAGCAGCUUCAUCACAAUCGGUACUCACUUUAGGGGCAAUGAACGCCACUUCCGAGGCAUCUAUAACAGAUAGUCCUGGCAUUGCUUCUCCUGAUGGCAUUGAUGCGCCUUCUUUAUCAGACCUUCAACAAGAAGAAGAAAGAGUACGACGGGAGGAAGAUGACGAGGUAGAGCGGAAACGACUGGCGGCUGCUAAGCUAGCAAUGAAGCGUGGACUUCAUGUUGAAGACACCACAGUUUCCAUGUCUGAGAACAAAGCACCAAUUGAAGACUCUCCCGCAGUAGAUGUGGCAGUCGACGAUACUAAAGAUGUGGAAUAUAUACCCAGCACGAGCAGAGAAGACACGAAGAGCGAAUCUUCGGGUAACCACUCCGGGAGUGAGUUUGUCCCUGCAAGGUUGCCAAAUUUUGGCUGA